AAGAAAGGCUGCCCAUGUGGGCACUUCCAAAUAAAUCUCCAGAAUCGAUGCUUCAAAUACAUUGGAUGUUUACUAAACAACACAGAUAUGAACAAACACACACCCACAAAGGAAAAUCAGAAGACCCAAUCUUAGUUAUAAACACACAACUUCUCUCUUUUUAGAAUCUACUUUUUAACUUUCUCUUUUUAACUUUUGCAAUCUCUUGCCUGAAAACGAAAUGGAUCUUGUAAGUUCAAGUGAAUCACUUAUCGAUGAUCUUCUUGAAGAAUACUGGUUCUUUGAGAACUUAUUUACCAGGAGAUCAAGAGUCUUAAGGUAUUGUCACUCAGAUCCCUACCCUUCUUCUUCUUCUUCUUCUUCUUUGACUUCUCCUGAAAAAAUGAGAGACUCGGAGCCGAGGAAGAUUCUAGACGCUUGCACGGGGAGGUGUUUGAUCAGGGCUCCUUCUAUAGAUAGAAGAGAAGGCGGAUCCGAGACGAAGCAGUUCUCUGAAAAUAUUGGAGUUCAAGAACCGAGACAAGUUGGGUCAUUCUUGCAGAAUAAGGAACAUUUGACUCUUCCCAAAUCCGGAUCUCGUUCAGCUCCAGGGAAGAUCCAAGAAGCUUCCACAGAGCGUUGUUUGAUCCGGGCACCUUCUUUGCCGCCACGGAUAGACAGAAGAGAAGUGGAUUGCGAGGCGAAGAAGAUGAUCAAUAAGCUGACGAGACAGUUCUCUGAGAAGAUUAGGGUUCUAGAACCGACAAGACCUGGUGAGCGUUUCUUGCAGAAGAAGAAAACUGUGGUUCGAGAGAAAGGGAAUAGUGAAAGGAACAGGACGGGAGGUAGUAGUGGUACUAGUGUCAAGAUUAGUUUGCAGAGAACUCAGACGAUGCCAAAUAACAUGAGAAGAGAAGAAGACGAAUUUGAAGAUCAAGAAAGCGAUUCAAGAAUGGGAUUCUUGAUCCGCGAAGCCCUCGCUAGUUCACAAAAUGCUCCGAAGGUGUCAAGCAAUCAAAGGCAGAGACCACCAAGAAACUUGAGAUCAGAAGAAACUUUUAUGGUCAAACAAGGAAGCUCAAGUCCCAAAACGCUGCGUAAAACGUUAAGCAGCAUAGAAACAACAAAAGAGAUUCAAAAUCUGAAAGGUUCUGAUGACCAAUUGAUCGAGCAACGUGUCAUGUCCGGAUUGGCUACACCGCCUAGGGUUCCUAAGGAUUCGAGGAAAGAAAUGAAGGACCAGAUCAAGUUCUGGGCUCGAGCCGUAGCUAGUAAUGUCCGACAAGAGUGCUGAUGAUUGUUUUUAAUUACACUAAUUAACUGUGUUUUUGUAUGACACUACUCCGUACAUAUGAUUCUUAUCUUGAACUCCUUUGUGUCUUUUCUCUGAUCCUCCUGAAAUAAUGAUAUCCUCUGUUUAUGUGAUGAUGCUGUUCUUUCUUUUUUUUUGGCAAGAAGAAAGUCAUGAUUAUGAUGAAGAAAAGGGGUUGAGAGAAAAACAAUAAGGAAG